AUUUACCAAUUAACAAGCCAAAAAACACCCAAUUUUUAUUUUCUUUUCUUGACCCAAUUUCAAGUCAAAUCUAGUGUGGCAUAUAGUUAUUCUUGAAUAAAGCCUAGUUCUUGAUUUUUCUUUCUGCAGCUGCAGAUUUUCGCUUGGCAUUAUCACAAGCUCACAACUCAAUAAAAAAAGAAUUCAUAGCAUUGGCUGUGAAUAUUUUUGUGAAGUAAAGCAUUUGUGGGCCCACGGCAAUCCGACCAAUGCGUACACCCACCGCUUAUCUCUAACCUCCUUAUCUUCUUCGUCUCCCUCAUCUCCAUUGUUUAGAUUUUCUUCACGUGGCACCACUAUUUUUGAUCUUUUUGUUUUAUUUCUGCUAUAUUAUAUAAUAUUUUGGGCUGAUUUUCUUUUUCUUCUUCCUCUUCGUUUUUUUUUCCUUUUUGUAUAUUUCCCUUUUUUCCGUGUAUAUAUUUGUAUAUCUAAUCCAUCCCCUUUGUUUUUCUUCUUCUCUCGCUUUACAUUUUGCUAGUUGAAGGGUUUAUCUUUCCUUUUCUCAUUGAACCCUCGGGUCAUCGACGUGCUUAAAGGUUGAAUCUUUAAUCCGAUUGAGUCGAGGGUUUUCUUUUUAUUUUUGUUUUUCCUUUUGUUUUAUUUGGUUAAUUGAGUUUCCUUAUCUGAGCUUUUUUCUUUUUCGUUUCUAUUCUCUCAUUUUCCUGCAACCGUUCUGUAAUUAUGGCUUCGUUUGCCGCUUUUCUCGAGAUUUUGCAAAGACCCACCAUUGGAGAUGUGAUUUUUGAGCUGCUUGAGUUCAUGGCGCCAAUUUGGGUGGCGAUUGUUGUGGGCGUUUUGGUGGGUUGGGCGUGGAAGCCCAAAUGGGCUGAUAAAUUGAAUGCGGAUUUUCUUGAUCAUACUUCCAAUAAAGUAAUGUCAAAGACAUCAGCUAUUAAUCCAUUUCCACAGUUUACUGCUUCAAUCCCGAGCUUGAGCUUGUCCAAACUGCAAAUACCGGCCCGCGGCUUUUCUUGGAUUUCAGAUGUUGGGCUCGAGAAGGAUAGUUCACCCUCGCCUUCAGUUUCGGAUUGCAGCUCAUCCAAGGCAAAAACCGAAGAAUCGAGUGUUGUGAAUGAAGAUGAUGUGAAGCAUUUGCACAGAUUAGUUGAAGAAAAAGAUGGGGGGCCUUCUUGGAUAAAAAUGAUGGAAAGGUCUACACCCAAUAUGAGCUAUCAGGCUUGGAGAAGAGAUCCUAAGACUGGACCACCUCAGUAUAGGAGUCGAACUGUGUAUGAAGAUACCACUCCAGAAAUGGUGAGGGAUUUCUUUUGGGAUGACGAAUUUAGAUUAAAAUGGGAUGAUAUGCUGAUUACUGCCAAGACCUUGAACGAGUGCCCCACGACUGGGACAAUGAUGGUUCAGUGGGUGCGUAAGUUUCCAUUUUUUUGUAGUGACAGAGAGUACAUAAUAGGCCGGCGGAUUUGGGAGUCCGGACGGAGGUAUUAUUGCGUAACAAAGGGUGUGCCUUGCUCCUCCGUACCUCGCUGUAACAAACCAAGACGUGUCGAUUUAUACUAUUCAAGCUGGUUCAUCCGUGCAGCCGAAUCAAAGAGAGACGGCCGGCCAACCGCGUGCGAAGUUGUUCUCUUCCAUCACGAGGACAUGGGAAUCCCUUGGGAGAUUGCGAAGCUUGGUAUUCGCCAUGGCAUGUGGGGCGCUGUCAAGAUGAUUGACCCGGGCCUGCGGGCCUACCACAAACACCGGGCUUUGGGAGUCCCACUAUCCCCAAGUGCAGCCAUGGCCCAAAUCAACUCCAAAUUUAGUGCCUCUGAUGAUGAAUCUCUGGAAUUGGAGGAGAGCCCGAGCAAGGUUCCGGGAGUCGGGCCGCCUGAUUUGGACAAUAAGCCGCCACCUAGCAGAGGGGGCUUUCCUAAGAUGCUUGUUUUGGGUGGGGCCCUUGCACUUGCUUGCACUCUCGAUCGAGGGCUUUUGACUAAGACUCUCAUAUUUGGUGUGGCGAGAAGGUUUGCGGGUAGAAGCUUGUGAACCGAGGAUAUAUGCUUAUUGGUAAGUUUCGAGAACAGAAGAUGAUGUAUAGUUGAGAGAUCAAUAAGAAAAUAUCUCUGUGCUGGAAAAAAUGGCGUUCAUUCGAUUAUUUCUUCCUACCCGAUUUUUUUUUUUUUUGUUUGUUUUUUGGUCUAAUGAUCGAAUUUGGUUCAUGCUGAGUUUUUUUUGUUGUGAUUGAUGGUGAUCCAUAUGAGUUGGAAACACCACUUUGUAGCGUCAGUGUUCACAAUCCGUUAAAAGGUGAAGAAUAUCACAUUUGAUUUAUUUUUGAUGCAAUA